AUGUCCAAGCGGCCGACAGUGGUCAUUCCCCAGGGCCCGUCUCAAGCAGAUGGACCUUUGACCAACGAGGUCGAGACGGCAGUGACAGCUGGCUCUGCCCGUGCCCGCCGCUCUGCAACGCUCCGUACUCCUUCGUCCACCGCACUCCGCUCGCCUGCGGCAGAUUGGUCUGUCCGCGGAGGCGACACGCCGCCGCCCGGCGAUACCGAUGCAGCUCAUGAUCAUGAUCAUGAUCAUGGUGGGCCUCACGAGGCACCUGCUGACACGCCGAGCAUCAAUGUCGGCAUCUCGGCCUUUGUCUCGCUGCUCCGACGGAAUCGUGCCUAUCGGUGGUUGUGGAUUGGUGGCUUCAUCUCGGGCUUGGGCACCUGGUUCAACGAGAUCGCGACCGUGGUCAUCUUGCAGCGCUACACAAGCUCGGCCUUUAUGAUGUCGCUGUACUUUAUACUCCGCCUGGUCUCUGCAGCCGCCUUUUCGCCCGUUGGUGGCGUCAUCACCGAUGCCCUGCCCAAGAUCUACGUUCUUAUCGCCUGCGACCUUGUGGCCACCGUAGCUGUCUGCGCCUACCUCUUGGUCCAGUCGGCAGAGACGCUGUGGAUCGUCUAUGUUAACGUGGUGGCCAUCGGCUGUAUUUCAGCGGUGAUGCAGCCGUGCAAGUCGGCGUUGGUGGCCGAGGUGGUCGGCGGCGGCGACGACCUCGAGCUGGCCAACGCCCUUUCGUCCAUGUCGUCGUCGUCGACGUUCGCGGUCGGAUCAGCGCUCUCUGGCCUUGCCACCGGUGUGCUGGGCACGUCGCCGGCGUACAUCAUUGACGCGUUGACGUUUGCGCUGUCGGCUGUGUGUAUGGUGGUCGCCGCGCGAGUCAUGAGCGGUCGCCCGGCGGCGUACGCGGUUCUCGACGAGCAUGCACCGCCACCGGACACUCCCAUUGCUGGCGAAUCGGACGAGGACGAGCCGUUUGCGGAAACAGAACCAUUGUCGUCAGGGCCCCUCGGAUGGAUCCGGGCGUACGGUCACGGCGUGGCAUUCAUGGUCGUACGCGAGCCGACGCUGCUGCUAUGUGCCCUUCUCAGCGCAGCGUUCAAGUUUGCGGACGCCUCGGGCGAUCUGAUUGUGACCCGGCUCGCUGAGCACGAGUACUCGCUCGGCCUGUCGAACUCGGGCAUGGCGCUGGGACUCACAUUUCUCUCUCUCUCUCUGGGCAUUGUGGCCGGUCCGUUUGCCAUGCGGCGAUUCCAGGCUGCACGCUAUGGCGUUGACGUGCCGAUUUCUGGCCGGUUGCUGUUUGCCGAGUUUGGCUUUGGUCUCGCUAGCCUUGCGUUUGCCAUCAUCGGCCUGCAGCUCUCGAUGGCGGCAUACUUUGCCGCCCUCUCCAUGCUCGGCGCUGGGCUUAUCUUCAUCUACCUGCCGAUGAGCGUGGUGCUACAGAAGAUGUCACCAGCUUACGUCCGCGGACGUGUUCUCGCCACAUCGUCGUCGAUGCGGCUCUUUGCCGGCGCGCUCGGCUUCUAUCUCUCCUCGAUGCUUCUGGACAAGGCAAAGUGGACCGAAAAGACCGUCGAGCUUGUGCUUUCGACAGCGCCAUGUGUGGUGGCCUGUCUCGCCUGCGCAAUCGCCCGCCGCCGUGCGCUUGCCCGCGAGGCUCUGACGAACACCACGUCGUCGCAGCUCACUGUCACAGCUCUCCGCAUCUCGGACGUCUCAUCGCCGCUUGGCGCCUCGCUGGCUAGAACUGGUGCUGGCUCGCUGCUUGGCGCCUCGCUGGCCUCGGCCUCCUCGCUGGCCUCGGUAAGUUCGACUGGCGACGCGUCGCCGUUCUUUGUUCUCGUCGCUGCGCCGGGCUUGCCGCACAUCCUGGCGCCCGGCGAGGCUGUCGAUGUGGCGGUGGCAUUUACCCCGCAUCUGCCUGGCCCGUAUCAUGCCCUGUUGACGGUCCAGCCUACUGCUGGCUCGCCGGUCAUGCGCAUCGCCCUGGUUGGCUCGUGCCACAUCACAACCUCGCCCUCGGCGGGCCGCACGGCCUCGACUUCGCCCGCGGCAAUGCCGUCCGGCGUUCACUCGUCGUCGUUUGAGGCUCUGUGGCACGUCCACCGGUCGUCGAUCGCAAGCCGCCCCCGCGCUCCGUCGAGCUCUGUCUCACCGUCGGGCAGGUAUCCGCGCCCGCUCCACCCGGCGUCGCUCGUCGGCUCCACGGCCUACAACUCGACCACCGCCUCGGGUUUGCCGCCGCGCACCACAGCCCGGGCCUCGCCGCACUCGCCUAGCACCCGCCGUGUCAACACCAGCAUUGCGUCGACGACGUCGUCGUUCGGCAACCGCUCGUCCACCCGCGAGCUCGAGAACCGCAUCGCUCACCUGGAGAACGUCAUGGAGUCGCUCUUUGCCUCGUCCGCUGUGUGGAACACCACUGCGCCAAGCAUCUCCCGCUCGUCCAUCGCGUACCCGAGCCUUCCACCAGCUCCGCCACCGGCUGUUGGGAGCAUUCACUACGCGCCGCCACCGGCAGCAUCUAUGUCGCCGCUGUGCGUGUCGCCGCCACUCUCGCCCACUCGGUCUCUUUCGCGGUCGCGGUCGCACUCUCACUCGCGCUCGCCGAUGCGCUCACCGCCCAAGCCGACGUUCCACUCGCCAGCGCGCGCAUCACCCCCGCCGCACGCGGUUGCCACUCCGCUCUCGACUGGCAAGAGGUCGGUCCGCUGGGCUGAGCCGCUGGAGCAAAAGCCGGAGCCGUCACCACACCUUGUGGCGCCGCCGUCGCCGAUGCGGUUCUCGCAGUUUGCCCCACGCAACUCGCCGCUCAACCUCGAGUCCGGCUAUCUUCGCCCGGCCUCGCCGUCGCCGUUCUACUCGGUGACGCCGUCUGCGAGCCCGGGCUCACCAGCACGCGCUCCGCAUGCCUCAUUUGCCCACACUUCCAACGGCUCGUCAGCUGCGUCCUUCAUCGCCGCGCCGCCUGCGCCGAGCUCAACUCACGCCGCCGCGCUCCUCGAGCCGCUGACGUCGACCGCUCGCAUCGAAGCCGACCUCACCGCGCCUGGCCUGCCGCUCGCGCCGCCGACGCCCGCCACCCCUAUGGUCUCGCCUCACCGGGUCAAGUCGAUCUCUAUCGAGGAUCUUGAGUUCUCGGAGCGGAAACGAAAGCAGCUGCUCGAGGCCGAGUCGAACGCCGCUGCCAUGUGGGAGUCGCUCGCCGCUGCGCCCAACACCGGCUUUGACUCGAUCGACCACCAGGCCAAGAUCGAGCGCAUCAAGCGCAAGCGCGCCUCGGUCCUGCAAGCCAAGGCCCGCCCGAUGUCGUCGAAGAAGACGAUGAUGUUUGCUGCGCGUAGUGUGUGGCACGAGAGCGAGCAUGUGGGCAACAACGAGAACAUCGAGCCGGCUGACCAUCGUCACAUGAUCUCAGCUGGUGACGAUCCUCCACGCGCUAAUGAGGCUGAGCUCCCCCUGGAGCUCCUGUUUCAGCUGGCCGACAAGGAGAACGUCGAUCCAGAGACAGGCGUGCUGCAGGUGCCGAAUCCUGCCGUGCUUGGAAGCUAUGCCCUGCGCCGGCCGUUGCGGGAGCUGCCCAUCGAGGCGAGCAAGGCGAGCAGGAGCGAGGGUGAGGCGGAAGCCGAGGUCGGCGUCGAGAACAGGUCUGUGCCGGCAGGUGCUGCCCGGCGCGCUGGAAAGGAGAGCAAGCGGAAGAGUAAGCGGAGGCACAAGCUGGGCUACAACCGGGUCCGCGGCGGUGAGCCGGUGGCGCAUCGCGGGCCGUCAGCCUUUGCUCGCUUGGAUCGCAACGAGGGCAUGCACGCCCAGCGGGCCAUCAAGCUCCGGUAGGCCAGGCGCAGCGCGGACGCGACUGCGCGGCGCUGAUGCCGGGCCGCGAACGAUAACUGAUGUAAACAUGUAG